UGAUCCUUGGCCUACUCUACUAACUAUUGGUCUUUGAUCUCACUCAGUCUUAUUCCAAUUGUUUGAUCCCUGAGUUCUCCUGUUUGGCUUGAAAUCUCGUGCUUGAGGUCUAUUCGAUUUCUCCAUCAAGUGACUUGCGUGGCCUGGUGACCGCCUCUCUUGCCACCAAAAAUUUCCCUUUUUUUCAAAAAGAAACAGCCUUGUAGCCUGCCUACCCAUGGGCACGGUCCUAUCAGUCAGGACCACAUUGUGAUACCGUCUCUCUGCACUCUAUUGCAGACUGUCAUUGUCUUCAGUUCAUCUCCUUGAGGCGUCCAGUUUCCGCUCGUGUAUAAUCAAUUGUGGUAAUUUCGACAACGCCGCCAGUGCCGACCCGAUCAUCGCCUAACCCCCGGCCGCGUCGCGAAAUCCCCGCGGCUUCUGCUUCCGCCAGAGACUCGUGUGCUUGCAAUCCAAACAAACGACACAUUAUGUCGACCUCGAUACAUCUGUCGCGGUUCAGGAAAUGGCUUCUGGCCUCCCCACCAAUGGAGUUCGUCAUUGCGCAACUCCGGGAACUGUUGGUUGGGGCAAUCAGGCAGGGUCCAGUUCCACAGCAUAUCGCUUUUGUCAUGGACGGGAACCGGAGAUUUGCGCGGUCACAUGGCAUUGAGACCGUGGAGGGGCACAAUAUGGGGUUCGAGGCGCUGGCAAGAAUUCUCGAAGUAUGCUACAAAAGCGGAGUCAAGGUAGUCACGAUCUACGCGUUCAGCAUCGAGAACUUCAAGCGGUCGAAAUUCGAGGUGGAUGCCUUGAUGGAGAUGGCUAGGGUCAAGCUUUCCCAGAUGGCGCAGCACGGAGAGAUUCUAGACCGCUACGGCGCCAAGGUACGGGUCUUGGGUCGUCUAGACAUGCUGAAGCCCGACGUUCUGGCUGCCGUCAAUCGAGCAGUCGAGAUGACGAGCGGGAACGGCGAGCGCAUUCUCAACAUCUGCUUUCCUUACACCUCGCGUGACGAGAUCACGGGAGCCAUUCGGGACACAGUGUCGGCUUACAGCCAGCCCCUACCGGCGGACCGCCCUUCAGUGGCUAGCCAGCGUACACCCUUCUCCGAGACGCAUAUCACGCAGAACAUUCGAGCCCAGGCGCAGCACACGAAAGCGGACGAUCCCCCUAGCGAUAUUGAGACUGCCUCGGAAUCUUCGGGCGAGGACGGUAGCCUAAAAACCCACCAUUCGAACCAGGUCUAUGAAUCCGGCUCAUCGUUCUCGUCUUCAUCCACUCUGCAUCUCGGCGGACAAACGGACGCAGCCAACGGACGGGAGAACUCGCCCAGAAAGGAGAGGGCGGUGUACAUGUCCCCAGAAACGAUUACUCGUCAGACCUUAACGGAACACAUGUUCACGGGGGACAACCCUCCCUUGGAUCUACUGGUCCGCACGUCGGGGGUGGAACGUCUCAGCGACUUUAUGCUCUGGCAAUGCCACGAGGAGACCGAGAUUGUCUUUCUGGAUGUGCUGUGGCCCGACUUUGACCUCUGGCAUUUCCUGCCUGUGUUGUUGGGCUGGCAGCGGCGGAUCUCCAAGGCGAAGAAGAACCCGGACGCGGAAGGAGACUUCGACGGUGAGAGUUACGAGCCGGCUGAAGAUAGCAAUGGCAAGAUCAAAGGCUUGUAGUCAGGACUGCGAUCUGCACAUAUAUUAUCAGAAUCCCCAGGAGUGGAGUUUGGAGUUUGCAUUUUGAGGCAGCACUUGGACUGAUAUUCCCCCGUGUUCUUUUUCUUUAAUUCUUUUUUCUUUUCUUUAAUGCCUUCUUGCGUGUUACUCAUUUAUAGCGUGAUGCUAGAAAAGUGGACGAUGGGCGUGUAUAUACGCAUGCAUACAGAGACAUACACAUCAUAGAGAUGG